AAGUGAGACAUAUGAUGGCGGCACGCGGUCUUCCUGGCGUCCAGUGCAGCGGAGAAAUCUGAGUACCACACGUACAAGUGUAGAAGUCUUGCGCGCUGCUGGUGAGCAGAGAGCCGAGAGCCGAGAGUGCGACAGUGAAGUUUUAUAAGAAUCGGGGAGGAAAAACGCCCUGAGGAGCGAGAGAGAGAGAGAGAGAUUGAGAAAGAGAGAGAGAGAUUGAGAGAGAGAUUUUAUCUCGCAGCUUCACCGGACUGCAUCCCGCUCCUUGCACCGCUGUAGAAUGAUCAUGUCGGGGAGCAGAGGGACUUUAGGUUUCCUCAUCUACGCGCUCCUGGUGCAGUGCAGCGCGUCCUCUCCGCUCAGGCUGGAGACUGCGGCGUAUGAUGAAGAUGGCACUUCAUUAGCAGACUUGGCCUUUGACUCAGAGCAGAUCGCACUCAGAAGCUCCCCAUCAGGCACGGAUGAUGUCUACGAGAUAUUUUCUCCUCCAGAAAAAAGAACGGAAAGACAUGCAGACGGGAUGUUUAAUAAAUCCUACAGGCAAUGGCUGGGUCAGUUAUCAGCCCAGAAAUACAUGAAUGCUCAGAUGGCAAAACGCCUAGGAGGAGGCAGCGCUAUGAACGAGGCAGAAGCUCUGGCUAAGCGCCAUUCAGACGGCGUGUUCACUGACAGCUACAGCCGCUACCGGAAGCAAAUGGCCGUUCGGAAAUAUCUGGCCGCGGUCCUCGGCAAAAGCCCUGAAGACUUAGAUUUGCACCAAUUUCUACAAGGCAUAGACAUUGGGGCGCUCCCGGAUGGGGAUGAGUUUGAGGCAUUUAUGAGGAACUGGCUGAAGCAGUUCCCUCCCAAUCUCCUGGUGAGUGGCUUUGUGGCUCUGGUCCGUACCUUAGCCCUUUACUUUUCGGAAAGGUGCCUCUCACUCUUCCUUCUUUCUCCCGUGCCGUUUUCCCCCUCUGCCAUCUAGCGCUUAAAUUUCACGAGCCAACUCCUUUCUUUUCUCACCUGUUCACACUCUACUUGAUAAACACAUUACGUUUCACACCAUGGUACGUUCUCACUUCCAAAGAUUUGCUCUGAAAAUAGCUCUUGGGUUCCUUUCAUGAAGUAAAUGUGACACACUCUACAGAACACACUUGUAGAAUAAAGGCCUCCUUAGAUAUGCUUCUUUCUCUGAGCCACCACACAACCUUCCCUAUUUCUGUAAAAGCAUGGCCAAGCACCUUGUCUACUAUUUUCCAAGCUGUUAUUCUUUACCUCUUUAUCUUGAGAGUGGGAGUUUGUGAAUGUGUUUACUUGGGGUUUUUGAUUUUUGUUUUUUGUUUUUUUUGGGGUUUUUUUUUACAAGCAUACAGUUCAGCUUUUAUAAUUGUGGAGUAUAUUUAUGUGUGUAAGAUGUUUCUCAUGAAUUUGUGGUUGUGGAAAAUUAGAUCUGUGAUUUUUUUUUUUUUCUGUAUUGGAACUCAUAUUUUUUUCUCCUGUUGCAAAAACACACGGAGCACCUUUAGAUUUACAGAUUAAAGUCUCUCCUUCCUGACAAAAAGUGGCCCUGUAAUCUGCUCUUCUUAAUGCCAGAUAUCUGCAUUUUCCAUGUUCAUCUCUCCCUGUGUUCAUCUUACUGCUGUGUAUGGAAACGUGAUUUGGGACUUCUGGGUACUUUUCGUGUAUCGUGUCUCUAUACUUGCAAAUGCUAAUAGCCUUAAUUAGGAUUUCACAGCUGUAUGAGGCUGUGUGCAGCCUUAAUUACUUACAAAGGCAAUGUUACCAUACUACAGUCCAUUUUGAGUGUGAAUAGAAUAAAAUCUCAGAGUUAAAGAAAGGAUUUGUGGGGGAAAAAAGCUGCUUAAAGCACACCUACUCAAAACUGCAGUGAAUGUAUGUGUGAAAGUGUAAGAGAGAGGGUGUGAGUGUGAAAUCAAUGUUUGUUUAAUUAUGCAUUCUCCUGCAGGCUUUGUGACGCAGGAGGGCAGCUUGCAGCUCGGGUGCCUUUGCUUCGACUUAAAAAAUGGCCACCAAUCUCAGAUGGCACGUUAGUGGCCCUCCAAUGCUGCACAUCACCUGCUCACACUCUUUCCAUUUCACUGGAUCACAUGACUUUCAUUCAAUUGUCACCUGGCCCACUCUAUUUUGUCCGACUACCUGCACCAUUUCCUGUUCUUUGUCUUACAGUAGCUUCACUAUGCAUAGUGUGUGAUUGAUAGCCGUGUAGAAAUCAUAGGACACUCACGCUUUUGAAAUUCAUCCUGUGUGUAACGUCUGAGAGCGCCUGAAG